UCAAUGCGACAGGUGAAAUUGCGCUGUUUGAGUGAUGGGCCACAAAUGUUCCCAAAAAUGUCCAAGAAGCGAAAGCUUGAUGCAGAUGAAAGCUCGUUUGAUGAAAGACGAGAAGGCGAAUACAUGUUUGUGCUUCAAGGAGGAAAAAAAAGGGAGAGAGCCCUCGCUUGCUCAAGGGCACCUCGGCAGUCGUCAGGAAGCAAGUCGGCAUCCCUGCGACUCCUUGUUGCCAUAUUUUGUCUGCAGCGGGACGAGACCUGUGCCGUGGGCAAAGCAAAAGCCAUGCUGCACGUCUAAAGACAGUUCUUCCUCCUUGAAGCAAUCUACACGGCGUCCCCCGAGGCCCCCCACCUCCGCCUCCGCCGCCUCAGCAUUUCUGACCUCAGAAAAGGGGAAUCGAAUGGCAACGGGAAGAGGAGGGAGGAGGACGAGGCUGCAGCAGCCCUUGGAUGUUGAUCGGGCUUUUGUCUCGGAAGGAGGAGGAGAAAGAUCUUCAAUGUCGGCCAUGUUAGCAGGCGCUGACUCGCAGUGACAAAAGGGGAACAUCCAUCCAAGAAUUUGCUGCCAGCGUCAAUGACGAACGAGUGAAUAUUGAUGACGAACUCCAAAAGGGGAGGGGAAGGAUUAUAUUCACGCAGGGAGGCACCUUUAUCUUUAAAUUUUUUAUUAUUAUUUUUUUUAAUAUUCACGAUCUCACUGUUCUGUGCUCUCAAAACGUGAUCAAUUUCACUUUGCACGCAGAGAUGGCGACGUUGGGGGUUCGGGGGGGUGGCCACCUUUUUGUUUUUGAAGGAUGUGAGGUGUUGGCUAAAUGACUGAGAGCAUUCUUCAAAAAAAAAAAAAAAAAAAAAAAAAAGACACCCUCCGCAUUCAUCGCUUUUGUCGGGUCUCAAGAUCACCGAAGCGUGAUGGAACCCGGACGACGUUGGACGCGGAAUCACAAUGUAAGCUAAAAAAAAAAAAAAUGGGAGGGGACUUAUUUUUUUAAUUAAAAAUUGAUGUUGAUUUAUGUUGUGCUCAGAUGACGGGUCUGAAUUUUAUUUGGAUUUCAAGUUUGCGUGUGAGUAAAGGCACUCUGGAUACAAACGUGGACAAAAGGGAAAAAACAGAUUGGGCCAUAUGGGGCUCGCAGGCCAUACUUUGCACACCACUGCCUUUUAUGAACCCCCUUAAAAUCUGUGAAAUACAUUUUAAUGCAAAGAAGAAAAAAAAAAAAGACAAGUCCCUGUUGUGCCUAUCUGCACUUCCAUCAUCAUAAUCACAUUCAUACAAUUAACAGCUAAACUACGUUUAUUCAAUAUUUAUUCAUAAAAGCCGGCUACGAGAGAACAGAUGACUGCCGGUGUAAAUGCCUUCAUGUGUCUUUUGAGAGAGAACCUUCCGUGUGCAUCAACACUAUUGAUUGGAGGUGACGCUGUGGCUAAAGUCCGACUGACCUCUGGGGGGUCUUCAAUUUGUCACUGUUCCAGCGGAGAGGCCUCCCGGGACCCUUGUUACAGACUCUCCUAGACUGGCAUUUUCGUGGCGUUUGGCCGCCGAUCUGGCUCAAUUUGCCGGCACGCUCCUGCUCCAUUUGCCUGUUAAUGAGCGCUGUUGUCGGGGGCGCCCAUGUGUGCCGUGUCGCCGCGCUCGCUCGUCGCCCGCCACCUACGCCUGACGCCGUGACCGGCGUGGAAGGUGGCAACCGCCGUGACAGAUGUUCCCCGUCCUGGGGAGAGAAGCCACAGGACGGGCGCCAUGCAGUCAGGGGGGGGGGGGGGGCUUGUGUUUGUGUACUUGGCACAACAACACCUGAGUCUCCUUGUUCAGCA